AUGCAAUCAGUCAGCAGGGAACACCCACAAGGAUAUCUACAGACAACUACCCGGGAACAUGAACGGGGAGAUAUGCAAUCAGUCAGCAGGGAACACCCACAAGGAUAUCUACAGACAACUACCGGGGAACAUGAACGGGGAGAUAUGCAAUCAGUCAGCUGGGAACACCCACAAGGACAUCUACAGACAACUGCCGGGGAACAUGAACGGGGAAAUAUGCAAUCAGUCAGCAGGGCACACCCACAAGGAUAUCUACAGACAACUGGUGGGGAACAUCCACAAGAAUAUCUACAGACAACCGGUGGGGAACAUGAACGGGGAGAUAUGCAAUCAGUCGGCAGGGAACACCCACAAGGAUAUCUACAGACAACCAGUGAGGAACAUCCACAAGGAUAUCUACAGACAACCGGUGGGGAACAUCCACAAGGAUAUCUACAGACAACCGGUGGGGAACAUCCACAAGAAUAUCUACAGACAACCGGUGGGGAACAUCCACAAGGAUAUCUACAGACAACCGGUGGGGAACAUCCACAACAAUAUCAGCAGGGACCUCUGCAGUCAGCUGGCAGGGAUAACCCACAACAGAUGCACUUAUUUGGCGGGGAACAUCCACAUGAAUAUCUUCAGGCAACUGGCAGGGAACAUCAACAGGGUCAUAUACAGCCACUUGAUGGGGAACACUCUCAGGUACAUUUACAAACAGCGCAGCAGCUACUGGUUGGGGCACCUCAACAGUCUGUAGAAGAGGAUUGUGUCUUCACUCGUGUUCGGAAAAGGAACCUAGGCACUCAGAAUCUUCAAAAGGAAGAUCGCACAUUUCUACCAAAGAGUCUUUCAACCAGUUUGAAUUGCGGUUCAACAAAGGCAUGUUCAGGUAACCCAGAUGUAAGUCUAACUCUGCCUUCAAUAUCAAUUAUCUUCAAUAAUAUCGACGAGAUGGAAGAGUCAACAGAAGCACGCCAGCUUCAUUCAGCAGAGAGUGAUGGGUCUGUGGGACACGUGACGUCAUCAGAGGACAGGUUGCAGACAACUGCAUCAACAUAUGGAUCCCUCAGUUCUGUCAAGUCCUUGCCAACACUGGGUCCCACCAGCAGCAACCAUGUCUCCUCAUCUUCCGAUUCCAAAGACAGCAGCAAACAUGUGAGGGUCAGGGAAGUUCGGAGGGCAGUUGAUGAGCCGCGGCGACCUAAGAAUGGUUUCAUCCGGUUUUCCAUUGAGCACCGACAGCAGAUUGCAGUAAAGCACCCGAGACUGGACAACCGCGAGAUCUCACGCAUGUUGGGUUGCAAGUGGAGGAAGCUGAGCAAUGAGGAAAAGAAGCCCUAUGAGGAGGAGUUUGAGAAAGACAUUCAGGCCAUCCGCGAGGUGAACCCAGAGUGGCGCUACGCCCCGGCCAGACAGCUGGUUGAGGAGCUCAUAGAACCCAUGCCCAGUCGCCUCCGACCCAGGAACAGCCUCAAGCGGAAGAAGCUCCCCAGCCUGGUGAGAACAUACAGUCGCCGCCAGAACAAGUCAUCUAAAAACAGCAAGAAACCAAGCCCUGCUGUCCACACAGAGAUGCUUGAUCCACCUGCCACACCCUCAAGACAGGAGGACACAUCCACCACUUGGGUACAGUGUGAUCUGUGUGGAAAGUGGCGAUGUCUGCCCAGCUUCAUCCCAUCGGAGAAAUUAUGUGACAUAUGGACCUGUACGAGUGAUGGCUUGUCUGCAGGACCUGUACGAGUGAUGGCUAGUCUGCAGGACCUGAACGAGUGA